AUGGCACCACUACUCGAAGAUCCUCGUAUCCGACAGACCUGGAAUCAAUUCUCACAGAAUGCGGAACAUGCAACAGAAAAUGCUGCGGCAGGAAUAUGGACUUUUCAACAUACUUAUUUAAAUCCUUGCUUUUCGACUAUUGGGAACGGCUUCAAUUCGUGUUCAGCACAAUGUUUUCCAGGACAAGAAGAAAGGGCGAGGAGAUUACGGGAAAGAGGGCGGACAAGAGGGCGCGCAGAGUUUAGUUUCGAUUUUUAUGACGAUUGGGAUGAAGAUGAAGGCAUGUUGGGAGGAUGGGGAAAUGACGAGUUGGAUAGAUUACUAGCAGGAAGUGGAUCGCAUUCUGGAAAUGUGAAUGAAGCGCCAAAGAGGAAGAGAGGGAUGAGUUACGGAACAAGAGGAAGAAAGAAAGGAUUAGAAGGCGACCCUACAAUUAUACCGAGUACAAGUGCUAUAGGAUUCUUAGGACGGUUACCUUGGAAGUUAGGUGGAACACUAAGAUACAAACCCAGCGCUGCAGAUCUACAAGAACAUCCUGGAGCGCAUCGAUCGGAUUAUAAUGGAGUUGGAGAGGAAGCAGAUGCAUUAAUGGGAGAUGAUCUCGAUGAUGAUGUGCGGGAUUUCAUGAGAGGACAUACGAGAAAUAGGAGUUCGACACAAAGCUCAGGAGAAACUUCGGAUUCAUUUCGAUCGAGAGGGGAUUUAUUCCCCAGUGAUGAAGAAGAUGCGGUACCUUUGAGUGACGAGUUUGCAAUGGUACUUGAAAGACGAAACACAAAUUCGGGUACGGACGAUAAGAGUAGUGGGAAAACGCGAAGUAGUAAAGGCAAAAGACCUGCACAGUCAAGGGAUGCAUCACGAACUACACAAACAUCACGACCAAAAGGAGUCCGCUCGGGUUCAGGGAUGUCGUUACAGAGUACCCCAGAUCGCUUGGAGCCUGACUUGAUCAAUACCUUGUCAAUUGAAGAUUUACAACUAGAGGAGGAAAGAAUACGUUUAGAAGAAGAUGAAGAAGUGGAAAGGAAACGACAAGCAGCAUUACGAUUAGCGCGGGAACGAGGACUUCAUGCAGGAGAAAUUUCCGAACCCAUGUCAUCGGAGCCAAAACAAGAUAUAGAGGAAGUAGAAGAUGAGCCAACUCCACCUGAAGUAGUCGAGGUGAUACAAGCCACCGAUUUACCCCCAGCCCAAUCGGAACCACAAGAUGAUGAAGAUACCACGGAAAUAAAGGAUAUUGAUAAAGACAAAGAAAAUAAUUUUGUCCCUGCGAGACUACCGAACUUUGGUUGA